AUGGCUUUUCAAGCCUCUCUUGAUGCCUACCAGGUAGUUCGCGUAGAGCUCAUCGCGUCUGACCGUGCGCUUCGCCGCGAUAACGCGCGCAUCGCAACUACAAGUGACGCUGAGAAGCGCGCCGACGAGACGAUACGCGCUUCGCGCGCGAAAGAGGCGCAGGAGAUAUGGAACGAUGAGAGUAUCCCUAAUGUGUUUCCUGGCAUGGGAUUUAUGGUCUGCAAGGAUAUCGUCGACCGGACAGAGCUAUUCCAGAUCGUCCGUAAGAUGCCGAAGGGCGCUCUUCUACACGCACACUUGGACGCCUGUGUAGACGAAUCAAAGCUUCUAGCGCUCGCAUACGAAUAUCCCCAGAUACACAUCCACAUAGCGCGCAACGUAACUCCGGAACAUAUAACAAAUGAACUCCCGACCUUCACGCCACUCGCGAUCUCGCCCUUCACAGCCGGAUCAAGCGCCGGGAUGAGUGGUGCACAGGGCUAUGUGGGCGAUACAUAG